AUGCCAAAAUUAAAGUCAACGAAUUCAGCACCCAUCCCAGAGAAGUGGCCUUCUCCCCUACCAUACCUCACAACACCCCAAAUUGGACCAUCACUACCACGCAACAUUCUUUCAUCCACGAAUGUCACUCAGUCGCCGUCUCUCGAGGCCAAUACCCCGACUAUGACAUCCCCAAGCACGCCAUACAAUAACAUUCGUAUCACACCCAUCAGCGAUCCCACCCACCCUGCCUGUGGUCAGGCCGGCUUGUUCACCACAAGGCUUCACGCUCCUGGGGAGUUUGUUUGCUUGUAUAUGGGUCUAGUCCAUGGCACUACGGGAGAUCACGUAAGUGAGAGCGCCGCGGAGGUGAAAUCAGACUACGACCUCUCCCUCGACCGCGAUCUGGGCCUUGCCAUCGAUGCGGCGAAGAUGGGAAACGAAGCACGCUUCAUCAACGACUACAGAGGCGUGGCUGAGCGGCCGAACGCGGAGUUUGGGGAUGUGCUUGUGAAGGUUGGGAAGGGGGUGCUUGAGAGACACGUUGGGGUGUUCGUUAAGCCGGCGAAGAAGGAGAAGAAGACUGGUAAAGGGAAAGGUGGUUACAGCAAUGUUGUGCAGGGGAUAGCCAAGGGAGAGGAGGUUCUGGUUAGUUAUGGGAGGGGGUUUUGGAGUGCGAGGAGGGUGGAGGCUGAGGCCGGGAUUGGUGAAGUAGGCUGCGCAGUUGAUGAGUUUGAACGUGGCUGA